UCGUGAUCCACAUGGCUGUGCAGUACAUGUACAUCAACAACUUGCUUAUUAAUAUACUGGCACGAACUUGAUCUAUCGAUCGUCGUAUGUCGAAGCCACGCACAUGAUGAAGAUCACCGUGGAGUCGUGGAAGGUCGUGACGCCCAGCUCCAGCUGCUGCAGCGGCGGUCGCCCUUCUCCCGAUGCCGACGGCGCUGUUCCGCUCACGGCAUUCGACAAGGUGACCUACGAUCUGUACAUGCAUGGCCUAUAUUUGUUCCCCCCGCCGGCGCCGCCUAGCUCCGUCCUUGUCGCGGGGCUCGCCGCAGCGCUGGCCGAGUACCCGGAGUGGGCCGGGCGGCUCGGCGUGGACGCGCAUGGCAACCGCGCCAUCCUGCUCAACGGCAAGGGCGCGCGGUUCGUCGAGGCCACGGCCGACGUCCCGCUCCGCAGCGUCCUGCCGCUGGAGCCAGCGACUUCCGAGACGCUGAGCCUGCACCCGGCCGCGGGUGCGGAGUCGGACGACGCCGCCGUCGGCGGAGAGGUUCUGCUGCUCCAGGUCACGCGGUUCCCCUGCGGCUCCUUCGUCGUGGGCACGGCCGCGCAGCAUCUCGUGUCCGACGGCGCCGCCUUGCGCAGCUUCUUGAACGCCUGGGCCCAGGCCUCGCGCGGCGCCGCCAUCGACGACCCCGUCCCCCUGCACGACCGCGUGUGCUUCUUCCUGCCCCGGGACCCGCUCCGGGUCGAGUUCGAGCACCGCGGCGCCGAGUACAAGCCGCACCCGCGCACGGAGAAGUCAAGGAACAAAGUCGACGACAGGGUGGUGAUACAUAGGGUGAACUUCAGCCGGAAGUUCGUCGCCGAGCUCAAGGCGCGGGCGUCCGCUGGCGCGCCGCGCCCGCGCAGCACGCUGCAGUGCGUGGCCGCGCACCUGUGGCGGUGCGUCACGAAGGCGCGCAGGCUCGGCGACUUGCGCACGGCCACCGAGCUCCGCAUCGCAGUGAACGGGCGGCGGCGGAUGAAGAACCCACGCGUGCCGGAGGAGUACACGGGCAACGUCGUGCUCUGGGCGCGGCCAACCACGACCUCGGCCGAGCUGCUAAGGAGUCCCCUGAGGCAAGUCGUGGAGCUCGUGUCCAAGGCGGUGACCGCCAUGGACGACGUCUAUUUCAGGUCCUUCGUGGACUUCGCAAGCUCUGGGGUGGUGGAGGAGGAAGGGCUGCUGCCGACGGCAGACCCGUUGGAGACGGUGCUCAGCCCGAACGUCGAGGUGGAUAGCAUGCUGGGGCUCCCGUUCCAGGACUUCGACUUUGGAGGUGGGCCGCCGUUCUUCUUCAUGCCAAGUUACUCGCCGGUGGAGGGCCUCAUAUGCAUCGUGUCGUCUUUCUCCGGUGACGGGAGCAUUGACGCCUACGUCCCUCUCUUCAGCCAAGCAAUGGACGUCUUCAAGAACUGCUGCCGCUCCCUGGCUGCAACAGACGCACGACUUUAGGCCAUGGACUUGCAUCCACGGCUCCCGAGGUCGUGAUGCAAACACCAAAGUUGCCAACCAUCUCGCCAUAAGCGUAUGGAUCUCACGACGCAGCUUGUUGGCGGGCCUAGUGCACGCAACACCGAGAUGAGAUUUCUUUAGCGAGUCCCAUGCGGCCUCGUAUUCAAAAAUUCGAAUAAAGAAAUUAGUGUUCCUACUCCUCUUUUGUGUCAUUAAUUAUUUACGAAGUGCUAUAGAUUAGCAAAAUCAUGAGUAUUCAAAUGCACACCCAUGAUACCUUGGAUUCGCCCUCCAAAGUCAGUUUUAUUAUUUUUUAUAGACUUUGACCUAUAUAAAUAUUUAAUAAUUCUAAAACACUUCUAUUA